GCAGCACGUUUCCACUACACAAGACGUCCUCUUUUCGUCUGUCAUUAUGUCUCCCGCCGCUGUCGACCCCGUGAUCACACCCUCAAGCAAUACUGAGGCCGCCAAAGAAACAACAAACGGCACCACCACCCCACCCACCAAGACGAUGUCCAAGAGCAACCCCGCGCACGAAGAGCACCAAUACCUCAACUUAAUCAGAGAUAUCCUCCAAAAUGGCGAGCAUCGACCCGACCGCACUGGGACCGGCACAUACGCCAUCCCCUUCCCCGCACAAAUGAAAUUCAACCUCUCGCAACCUUCGUCCGAAGCCUCACAACCACCCGAGCUCAUCCUUCCCCUCCUCACAACUAAACGUGUAUUCCUGCGCGCCGUAAUUGGCGAGCUACUCUGGUUCAUCGCAGGCUCCACACACUCGAAAUCGCUCUCAGAUGCAGGGAUAAAGAUCUGGGACGGCAACGGGUCGCGCGAGUACCUAGACAGCGUAGGCCUAGGACACUAUGAGGAGGGCGAACUGGGCCCAGUAUAUGGUUUCCAAUGGCGGCAUUUUGGCGCAGAAUACAAAGGGCACGAGGCAGAUUACACAGGCCAGGGUGUCGAUCAAUUAGCAGAGAUCAUCGAAAAGCUGAAGAAUAAACCGUAUGAUCGACGCAUUAUAUUGAGUGCGUGGAACCCUGCGGACUUGAAGAAGAUGGCGCUUCCGCCGUGCCAUAUGUUUGCCCAGUUCUAUGUUAGCUUUCCACGGCAGGAGCAGGGCGCCACAGAGAAACCGAGGGGAGUGCUACAUUCACUGUUGUAUCAGCGGUCGUGCGAUAUGGGGCUUGGUGUGCCGUUUAAUAUCGCGUCGUAUGCGCUAUUGACGCACAUGCUAGCACAUGUGUGCGAUUUGACGCCAGGGACUUUUACGCAUACAAUGGGGGAUGCACAUGUUUAUCUGGACCAUGUGGAUGCGCUGAAAGUGCAAUUGGAAAGGGAGCCGAGGGAUUUCCCGUCGUUGAAGAUCAAUAGGGAGAUUGGAGGGAGUAUAGAUGGAUGGAAGGCGGAAGAUUUCGAAGUCGUGGGCUAUAAACCGCAUGCGAGUAUUGCCAUGAAGAUGAGUGUAUGAUCACGAGAAGUGUUGGAGAAGAGUUUUUGUAUAUGUGUAUCAUGAAUUGGCAUGGCCAUGGUUAGGUACAUGACAGUCCGAACGAGGAGCGUUCAACGUGUACAUUGAGCGGAUUGCCAUAUGCCGGUCGUUAUAAAUCUUCAACGGCGAAAAGGCUUCCUAAAAAGCUCUCACGAUUCCGACCCGCCC